AUGAAGAUGAAACCCCAUUCUUCAUUUUUCUUCAUGUUCCUCGUUCUAGCCUUUAGUAGCAUACAUGUAAGUUUAGCAGACUGUGAUAAUCUACAGGACACAUGCCCCACAUCUCUGUCAGAAAAAAAGACGGCAUUCAUCAAUGGUAUCUCCUGCAAUAACCCUGCUAACAAAUCUGCUCAUGAUUUCAAGACCAUGGAAUUAAGCAAAGCUGGUUCAAGAGAUACGUUUGGCUCAUCAGUCAAUAUUGUCACUGCUUCAAAGUUCCCUGGCCUCAACACUCUCGGGAUCUCAAUUGGUAGAACCGACAUUGAAGCCGAUGGAAUUGUGAACCUUCAUAAUCAUCCAAGAGCUAGCGAGAUGAUCUUUGUUAACGAAGGUGUAUUAGAAGUUGGGUUUCUCGAUACACAAAACAAGCUUUUUCAGAAGGCGUUGAAGGAAGGUGAUGUAUUUGUUCUCCCCAAGGGUUUGUUCCAUUACUUUCUAAAUCGCGGUGACGAAGUUGCAACUGUGUUUUCUGUGUUUAACAGCCAAAAUCCAGGGUUCCAGUCUCUUACACCCAAACCUUCUACUUCUGAAUCAAUUGAGAAGAUAAAGAGAAAGCUUGUAUCACUUUCUGAAUUAGAGCUUGAUAGUGCAAAUGAUUUGAGUUUGGCUGUGUCCGAGAUUAUGUACAGUUAA